GCUUGGUUUCGGUAUCGGAUUGUCGGGCCAUUUAACUGAAAUUGCUAGCGUCAUCGUUGAUGAUAUAAAAGACCACGGCGAUAUACAUAUGCAGAAUAACAGCAACAACAACAACAACUGCAACAACAGCAACAACAGCAAGCGCCGCCUUAAAGUCAAUUAUAAUUUACGCGCGCGCGUUGGCGUUGCGAGCAACAGCAGCAACAGAAACAACAACACCACCACCAUCAACAGCAAUAACGACAACAAGCUUAUUAUAAAUCCACAGCCACAACCAGCGCGCCGGAAUAGAACAUGCACACACAGUGCCACCUAAAUGUAUGCGUACAGUUCCUGCAACGGCAAUUAAAGCGGUCGCGUACCACUGCCGCUUAAACAGUCCGUUAAAAGAGCAAGAAAAAGCAAGUAAACAACAAUAAAAGUACUAAAGUGUGUGUGUGAAAGUAAAAUGCAAUUGCAAUUAACAACAACAUCAGCGUAUCGUGACCUUUGAGAAGCAAGCUUAAAAGCAGCCCACAUACUUAUAUAUACGAGUAUACUACGCACACAAGAAAACACACGCAAGCAAGCACACAUCGGUGGAUGAAAAAAAAGUAAAAUACUUAAUUGGAUUUUUUUAACACUCAACCCCUCCUCGGAUUUUGGACACAUGUGCGGCACACACACGUCCAUUUAGCACUCCACGAUUUCCAUUGAGAGCGUGUGCUUGAAAAAAUCUAGCGAAGAUACCGGCCGGUUUUCUUAUUACAACUGCAAAUACCAGACCAAAGUAGCAGUAGCAAUAUGGACAAUCUUGAUAUCAAUAAGAUUUGCGAGGACCUACAGGCCAGCGAUCGACGAGUGAAAACCACUGCGUUGCAGAAGCUACGCGAAGAAUGCGUCAAUAGUGGCGCAGCGUUGAGCGCCGACGCACUGGCUGCCCAUUUUGAUGGACUAUAUUUGCACCUUCUCAAGUGCUAUGCGGAUCGCUUUGAAAGCGUCCGUGAUGAGGCUGUUCGCGUCGUUAGCGCGUUUCUUGACCGGUUGCCGCCCACGGACUUCCAUUUGCUGAACGUGGUGGCCACGCUGAACGAUCGCAUGGGCCAGACGGAGACGGUCGAGGGCAGUGAGGAGAUUCGCUUGCUUUAUAUUGAACAACUGCAUGUACUGGUUCGGCAAUAUGCACUAAUGGGCAAUGUACACGCCUUUAGGGAGUGCUAUGUACAGGUGGUGGGCGUGCUGGUUAAGUCCAUCCGAGACUCGUAUCCGGCGGUCCAGCGUGAGGCAUGCGGCACUUUGGUGGACUUAGCACGCGUGGCCGAUGCCUUCGAACUGCAGGAGUUUACGGAGCCACUAGCUUUGGCGCUCUACGGAAUGCUGAAUCACAAACAUGCGAAAGCUCGUAUUUCAGCCGUGGAGGCGCUGGGACGUGUCGCGUUGCACAUGAAUGCCAGUGGGGACGGAUUACGUCGACUAAUAAUGGAAGUGUCGCCGCUGCUGAUGGACAGCAUGCCUCUGGUGCGACGUGAGUGUGGCCAGAUGGGUGUACUAAUGUUGCUCGAGCUGAUGGAUCGAUACUCGUACUUUGAACGCAUCUUGCCGCUAGUUCUGUGCUGCCUGAAAGAUGAUUCGCCAGAUGUGGUGGCCUACAUUCGCCCACUGUGGGAGAAGUGUGGCAAGUUGUAUUAUGAUGAGAACGAAGCGGAGCUCUCACAAGUGGCGGCUGCCGAUCUACCCGUCGAUAAUUACCCGGCAGGUGUGCAGCGACCCACGCUAGGCUGCCGUGGUCUUGUCCAACGAUCGAUCCGUCUUCUCAAGCUGAUAACACGGGAGUCCGGCGACUGGAAAGACAAUGUGCGCAUUCACUCGCUUAAGCUUUUCUACCAAUUUGUGCUUCAUGCAGAGGCGGCCAUGACCGCCAAAUUCUUCGAGGUCUACCCGGAUGUGGCACAUGCCUGCGUCGAUGCGGAGGCACUUGUAAGGGCGGAGGCGAAAAAGGUAGCCGAUCUGAUGGGCCGUCUUUUGUUCUACGACGACUGGAUUGAAAAUGGCCUCGAUGGUUUGGUGCGCAAUGCACGCGAGUCUUAUCUAACGUGCUUUUUCUACAUGUUUAGCGCAUCUCUGGGUGGAAACUUCGAGCAGUUGCUCCGCUUGAGCAAACUGCUUCGCUCAAGCGACUAUUCGCACACGCUGAAGCCUAGAUUUCAGCUUUAUAUAAUCAAAAUGCUGGAGACUUUACUGGACAAGUCAGCUCAGGUGACAGCCACGCUGGAGCAACUGCUUGAACUGUACGAAUAUAUAUACGUGGCCGGAAUGAAGGUUAUGGCUCUAUCCUAUUCGCUCACAGGCAGUCACAACGAGGAUGUAAACCGUGGGCAACUGCUCAUCGAACGAGUUGUUAAACUGGAGAACAGCACGGUGGCACUGUUGCAUGAACGACUCUUUGCGCUUGUUCUGGAUGAUAUAGAGAAUCUGGACGCUGCCCUUGAGGAUAAUGCUGAACCAGUAUUGCUCCUUGACGGGCUCAUAAAUCUGUGUCAUAUCCGUGCUGCGUACUUGCCGGCGCUCAUCGCCAAGGUGCAGAUUGUUUUUGCGAAUUGCUGUGACAGCGCUCAGGUGCGAAUCUUCAGCAGCCUCUCGAUUGCAGCUUUGCUUUGGUCCGAUACGGUUUCAUGCGAGCGGGAACAGAGCACCCAGCUCCUGUCCAAUUUUGUGAACGAAAUUAUUGAACCGUACCUCAGCUGGCAAGCCGGUGCUAGCGCCGAGGCUAUGCGUUCUCUGGCCAUGGCCACUCUGUGUGCCCUUUCCCAAGGUGCUGGGGAAGAGAUGCGUGAAGUUCUACCCUCGCUGGCUAAGCUAAUGCCCAGCUUGCUGGAGGACCGCAACGUGACGACGCGACACUACGCAGUCAAGACAAUGUGCUAUUUUCAAAAUAUGGGUGUAGAAGACCUAAAACCACUUGCCUAUGCUACGCUUCAACGAUUGGACGAUCCCUCCUCGGGUAUUCGACUUAUGGCGGCCACUGCCGUUGGAAAACUGAAGCCCGUUUUCAAGGCGGAUACGAAUGCUGAAAAGGAAGUCAAGUUUGAACUGGAGGUUUGGGAGGCCUUUAUUAAACGAGCCAUGGAUUUGUUGUUACUGCACUACGAGAGUCCAGAAAAGGAGGUGCGUGCGGUAGCCGAAAGAACUCUGAAGCAACUGGCAAAAGCACAUCCGGAUUGCUGGGAGGAGCGUUAUCAGCGUGCCCUUGCCAUGGUUCAGCAAAAAGACCAACUAGGCGAUCUUUACGCAAAGUUAAGCAUCCAAACCUGCGAGAAGGAGGACUAACUCUUUAAGGCGUAGCCACUAGUCUAGUUGAUCGCACAAAAAAGCACCUAAAUUCUCAUUACAUUACCUUAUGUACUUAGUUUUUAUGUAUUAUAAACAGUUUCGAUUUAAUUAAAUAAUAUUUCGAUUGUGGCAUUUAUUUGGUCAAGAACUUA